AUGUCCUUCUCUCUCCGCGGUAAACAUGCCAUCGUGGUCGGAGGUACCGGUACGCUGGGCUUCCGUAUCGCGAGCGCGCUUGCAGACCGCGGGUCUGUUGUAACCAUCAUGAGCCGCAAUGCCGUUGAUGAUCGCCAAGUCCUUGAAUCCAGACUCAAACCCUUUGAGCCUCUCCCGUACAUGGAGAACUUCGAGGGCAGUAGGCGCCCAACAGAGCACCAAUUCAAACGCCUGGAUGUUCAAAGGAUAGACAUUUUCAAGGGUCUAUUUCCCAGUCUAGGCCCCGUUGAUGUCCUCGUCAACUGUGCUGGCACCAGUCAAGCGUCGGCGCUCAAAAGAACCGGCGAAGAGGAAAUUCAACGGAUUCUUAACCUCAACCUCCGGGCGACUAUUCUCGCCUCUAAAUAUGCCAAAUUAACCCCUCAUGGAUGCAUCAUCAAUGUUUCAAGUCUUAUGGCUACCAAAAUGGGUGCUGGUGCUGCAGUAUACGCCGCUUCAAAAGCAGGUGUCAUUGCUUUCACCCGUGCCCUAGCCCUUGAGUAUAAAAGUCGCUCUGUCCGCGUGAACACAUUGUUGCCGGGCUGGAUACAGAGUCCAAUGUGGAAUGAACUUCCUGAGACUGCUCGUGAAGCUUACCUCAAGCAGUGUCCCUUGGGUCGUUUGGGCACGCCCGAUGAGGUAGCCGACGCUGCCAUGUUUUUGAUAACCAACCGUUUCGCCAACAAUUGCGUGCUGAACCUGGAUGGUGGCUUAAGCGCCAACUAG